GCUUGCUGUGUAUGCCACACCUCCUCGCGGAUGCCACAGUGCAGCUGAGUGGUUGCACAGCAAGUACUUCUUACCAGGACGGAGAACACCCACAAUCCAGGUGAGGAAGAUUCAGCAUCAUCGAAGAUUUCAAGAUGUUGCCUCAAGACUUGAAGCAGAUCCGAGUACUGGUACUCAAUGACAACGAUCAUUUAGAGAGGACCCUGUUCAGACUUGAUCAAGGUUUUGAGCUCCAGUUCCGUCUGGGUCCAAGUCUUCAGGGAAGGAGGGUUACGGUGAAAACCAACUACCCGCUUGAAGGAAAGGGUUUUGAACGAAACACUUUCCGUGUUUUGUCCUGGAACUUCCCAACUGGACGGGAGGAUGAUUCUGAUAAGUUUUGCUUUUUGGAUGUCAAAGUGGCAGGUUCUUAUCAGUACUACUUUGGAUUUGGUGACACAGAAAAAUCGGGAGGAGGUUACAUUGUGAUCAACCCCGUCCUUCAUGUGGGGGCAGACAACCAUGUCCUCCCAUUAGACUGCAUCACCAUUCAGACAUAUUUGUCCAAAUGUUUGGGUCACCUGGAUGGCUGGCCACAGAUCAUCAAAGUGGCAAAGGAGUCAGGGUACAACAUGAUCCAUUUCACGCCUUUGCAGACCCUCGGAGACUCCAGGUCAUGCUAUUCAUUGGCAGACCAGCUGACCUUCAGCCCUGAGUUCAGCCCAGAAGGUCAAAACUAUAGCUGGGCAGAUGUGGGGGCAAUUGUGGAAAAGCUGAAAACGGAAUGGAACAUGUUGUGUAUUACUGACGUGGUGUACAACCAUACAGCUGCAAAUAGCAUGUGGAUCAGAGACCAUCCAGAAUGUGGUUACAACCUGGUGAACUCUCCCCAUCUACGCCCAGCUUGGGUCUUGGACCGAGCUAUCUGGCAUUUAACCACCAGAAUCGUGGACGGACGGUAUAAGGACAAAGGCCUUUCUGCUGAUAUCACCAAUGAAAAUCAUCUCAAUGCCAUCCGGAGUGUACUGUGGAAUGAUGUGUAUCCUCAAAUCAAACUAUGGGAGUUCUACCAGGUCAACGUCGACAGUGCUGUGGACCAGUUCAGAACUCUCUUACAAAAUGGUGUGAAAGCAGAUCAUAUUAAGACUGGAGGGAGAAAAGGUCUUAAAAUCAUCCAGGACAUUGAUUACCGACGUUAUGGCAACACAGUCGACAUGGACUCCGCCCUUGAAACAUUUGUACCUCACAGCUCUUCCCCUCAGGACAUAGAGGAGUGCUGCAGUUUGCUGCGACAGAAUUUGAAACAGUUAAACGAAGAACAGCACCACAUUGUGCAUCAGCAUCAUGAGCAGGCAGCCAACUGCAUUGUGGGAAAUGUCAUGUAUGAGCGUCUUGCUGACCAUGGACCCAAAUUAGGCCCUGUCAGCAAGAAGAACCCUCUUGUUACCAGGUAUUUCACCUUCCCAUACCAGGACAUGACUCUUGAACAGGAAAUGCAGCUGCUGAACCAGCCCAAUAAGACAUGUCAUUUCCUGGCUCACAAUGGUUGGGUGAUGGGUGAUGAUCCACUGCGGAAUUUUGCUGAGCCAGGCUCCAAUGUCUACAUUCGUCGGGAGUUAAUAUGCUGGGGUGACAGUGUCAAACUUCGCUAUGGCAAGGGACCUGAGGAUUGUCCAUUCUUGUGGGCCCACAUGAAGAAAUACACGGAAAUAACAGCCAAAUAUUUUCAUGGCGUCAGGCUGGAUAACUGCCACUCGACACCGUUGCAUGUAGCAGAGUUCAUGCUAGACGUGGCUAGAGCCGUGCGGCCUAACCUGUACGUUGUGGCUGAACUCUUCACUGGCAGUGAGGAACUGGAUAACGUCUUCGUUACCAAACUAGGGAUUACAUCACUGAUACGAGAGGCCAUGUCAGCUGGUGACAGCCAUGAAGAAGGAAGACUGGUGUAUCGUUAUGGUGGUGAACCAGUUGGAGCUUUUGUUCAGCCCAGCCUCCGUCCACUGAUGCCGUGCAUUGCCCAUGCCAUGUUUCUUGAUGUGACCCAUGACAACGAGUGUCCCAUACAGCUGCGUUCACCACUGGACUCUCUACCCAGUUCUGCAAUUGUCUCCAUGGCUUGCUGUGCGACUGGAUCUACCCGAGGAUACGAUGAAUUAGUACCGCAUCAGAUUUCUGUUGUGAAAGAGGAGCGUUUUUACCCCAAGUGGAACCCUCCUGCUUCCCCUGCCUCCACCGGCGAAGUUGGACCCCAGACUGGUAUCAUUGCUGGGAAACUAGCAGUCAAUAAACUGCACCAGGAACUGGCUGCCCAGGGCUUCAUACAGGUCUAUGUAGACCAAGUUGAUGCAGACAUUGUUGCAAUUACUCGUCACUGUCCUAGCACCCAUCAGUCAGUGGUGACCGUUUGCAGGACCGCUUUCCAGAACCCUAAAACACACCAGUAUAGCACUGAUGUGCCGCCAAUGUUUAUUCCUGGGACAAUUGAGGAGGUGGUGUUGGAGGCAAGAACUGUGGAAAGGCAUUGUGGGAGUUAUACAAAGGAUGACAAGUACAUCAAUGGCAUGCCAGAAUACACAGUACAGAUCAAAGAGCACAUACCAUUGCAGGAGAGCACAGUGGUGAACCAAGCUGGGGUGACUUCGAAAGGCCGAUCAGAAUUUGUACAGGAAAUCACCUUCAAGAGACUGACACCAGGAAGCGUUAUUUCCUUCAGGGUUAGUUUGGACCCAAAAGCCCAGAAAUUGGUUGGGGCAAUCAGGCAUGUUCUGUCCCAAUUCAGCCUAAAGUACAGAAAAGGCAGCAUAGCAGAUGAAAACCCACCAGAGGUCCUGAAGAUGCCUUUGGCACAGCUGAUGUCAAAGCUGUCACUGGCAGACAUGAAUGUCCUGCUAUUCCGUUGCGAUUCAGAGGAACAAGAGGAUGGUGGAGGCUGUUACAACAUCCCAGGGUGGAUGGCCCUCAAAUACGCAGGCCUGCAAGGACUGAUGUCAGUGUUGGCUGAUAUUCGUGCCAACAACGACUUGGGCCAUCCCGUUUGUUCAAACCUGAGAGAAGGAGACUGGCUUAUUGACUAUGUUUCCAAUCGACUCAUACACCGAGAAGGACCACUGGCACAGGUUGGCCAGUGGUUGGGUGCCAUGUUUGCUUACCUGAAACACAUCCCACGCUAUCUCAUUCCCUCAUACUUUGAUGCCAUCCUUGUAUCAACCUUCAGCACAGCUCUGGAUACAACCUUCAAGCUCAUGCCAAGUUUCAUCCAGAGUGGCUCAAGCUUUGUGCGACACCUAGCAUUGGGUUCACUUCAGAUGUGUGGAGUUGGACGCUUCCCCGCCCUGCCUCCUCUUUCCACGAAAGUUGAGAACGUUCCGUAUCGGGUCAACCCAAUAACAGGCCAGAGGGAGCAGUCCUGUGUCACACUAGCUGCAGGCCUCCCUCAUUUCUCCACUGGAAUUUUCCGCUGCUGGGGCAGAGACACUUUCAUUUCUCUCAGAGGACUGAUGCUUCUCACUGGGAGGCACACAGAAGCCCGAAACAUCAUUUUGGCAUUCGCGGGGACGUUACGUCAUGGUUUGAUUCCAAACCUUUUGGGAGAAGGUCGCUUUGCCAGAUACAACUGCCGUGAUGCUGUGUGGUGGUGGCUACAGUGCCUCCAGGAUUACGUCAGCCAUGUUCCCGAAGGGCACAGUAUCCUCCAGUGUCCAGUCACACGCAUGUACCCAACUGAUGAUAGCGAGCCCUGUAAACCAGGAGAAGUGGAGCAACCUCUAUAUGAUGUGAUCCAAGAGAUUCUGCAGCGCCACCUCGAAGGAAUUUCUUUCAAAGAGAGAAAUGCUGGACCCAGGAUAGACAUGAACAUGAGAGACGAAGGGUUCAAUGUGGUUGUCAACGUGGAUCCAGCAACAGGCUUUGUGCACGGAGGAAACCGUUUUAACUGUGGCACAUGGAUGGAUAAAAUGGGAGAGAGUGACCGAGCAAGAAAUAAAGGCAUACCUGCUACUCCCAGAGACGGAGCCGCUGUGGAGAUAAUCGGUCUGAGUAAAUCAGCCAUCCGCUGGAUUGUGGAGCUACGUGCCAAAGGAUUGUUUCCUUAUGAUGGAGCUAAAGUACACAGAAAUGGUAAAGAAGUGUUUAUUGCAUACACCCAAUGGAAUGAACAGAUCCAGCAAUCCUUUGAGCCGUGGUUCUGGGUGUCUGGGGAGCCAAUGGAUCCCCAUGAGAAACAUGCCGACCUGAUCCACAAGAAAGGCAUCUAUAAAGACAGUGUUGGCGCAUCCAGCCCCUGGUGUGACUACCAACUGAGACCAAACUUCACUAUUGCCAUGGUCGUGGCACCAGAACUUUUCACAGUGGAGAGAGCCUGGAAGGCUCUUGAAAUGGCUGAGAAGAAGCUACUUGGUCCCCUUGGAAUGAAAACUCUGGACCCGGAUGACAUGGUGUACUGUGGUGUGUACGACAAUGCACUGGAUAAUGAUAACUAUAACGUGGCAAAAGGCUUCAACUACCACCAAGGACCGGAGUGGCUGUGGCCUGUUGGCUACUUUUUACGGGCUAAACUCUACUUUGCCAGGAAGCAAGGUGAAGAGACGUAUGCCAAGACCGUCACCUUGGUCAAAAAUGUUCUGUCACGUCAUUAUACUCAUCUGGAGAGGUCACCAUGGAAAGGUCUGCCAGAGCUGACCAAUGAGAAAGGCCAGUACUGCCCCUUCAGCUGUGAGACACAGGCAUGGUCUUUAGCGUGUGCGCUGGAAGUGCUCUACGACUUCUAGAACAGGUCCCCAUGGCUCUUUCAUGCAGUUUCCAUAGCAUGCAGCGCAUUUCAGUGGCUUGAUAAUGUGUUGCAUGUUAAAAGUAAUUUUUAGGUAAACAUGCCAUAGUAGAAAUUCUUAAACUGUAAUCCUGUAACGUGUUUGCAUAGACAGACAUUUACACUACUUUCAUACAUGGCCAAUCAUUGGAAAGUACCUUUGCACUUUGACUGGACAAAUGCAUGUUGAUUUUUUUUGGUAGGUGCGAUAGUCAAUUUUAGCUAACUUUGGGACGGAGCUGAGGUACACCCUGGAGUGGUCCUCAGUCAAUCGCCUACAGACGCAUUCAUACCUAUAAACAAUUUACUGUUGGGAAACAUGAACUUGAACUUCAUUCACAUAUGUUUGGACUUAAGAGAGCUUGAUACAGAAAACCUGGUGGAUGACCUUUGGGUUGAUAAACCAGCAAAUUUGGAGUUCAUAGAUUUUUAUCAAAUGUCCUGGUGCGUUGCAGGUCUCCAGCUGUCCAUGUGUCACUCUGUGUUGCAGCAAAUAUCACAUUAUAUGUAUCUCCAACUCACAAACACAUCUAUAGUCCCUUCGUCGGGGGAACAACACUUCCUCAUUGUCACUACAUGACUGCGAGGUGCAUUCACGGACACACAAACACCACAACAAUGUCUUUAUUAUGCGUGGAUGUGUGAUCUAAUUAAAUAGACAAAGAAUAGCAAUAAUUGUUUUUUCUUGUCACUCACUUCAUAAUUCUUAAUGGGGAAGUACUAUUUGCUGCAUUUACAGUAAGUGCAGUCAGAAAUUCCAGAAAAUACACUCAAAACGUGAUUUCAACUGAAAUUACAGUCUUUGAGCUAGGGAUGCUCCGAUGGAUCGUCCACCGAUUAUUAUCGCCCGAUUUCCAUGAAAAACAGGUAAUCGGCAUAUGCCGAUAAAUGCCCUUCAAAGCCGAUCACAAAAAACAAUCGUGUGAGCCAACAAGGAACGCACUUUGUGCCAUAUUGCCGCGAGAAUCAACACUAAUCUGUAAAACCUCCAAUGGUUUCAUUUUGACAGCUUGACCCAGGCUACGCCAAUCGAUGCCAGUGUGUUUGAUCACACCCUUGGCAAACCUAUUGGUGUUCGACUUCUCUUGCAUCUUUCUUUGCCUAGCUGUCAACAACCGCAACUAAACCUAUUGGUGUUCGACUUCUCUUGCAUCUUUCUUUGCCUAGCUGUCAACAACCGCAACUAACUAGUGAGCUAGCUAGAAUUAUCCGCCUAGCUUCUUGUCUUCGGACUCCAAGUGUCAGUUUUUACCACAGUAACAUUUUGUUUUUAAAAAUACAAACAAGCAAUGCAGUUAGCUUGGAUCUUGUUUGUUAUUGUGCCAGAGGCCCUUGGAAUUGUCUAAUGGCAGCCCUGGCCAAUAGCACUCAUCAUAAAUAAAUUGAAAAAUGUACAGUUAAUCCAUGGGAUUGGUAUCGGCCAAUCUCACUCAUGGAUGAUCGUAAUCGGCAGUAUAAAACCCUACUUUGAACGCAACCACUCAUUGCUCAUAACAUAACAGUAACAUAAGUGUGAUCCAAAUGUUCUGCUGCUAGUGUUAAGCAAAUAGGUUUUCAGACAUGUGUGCUAUCGUUUAGAUUGAUUUAAAUAUUCAGUUCAUUUGGAGCUGUUAAUACAAAUGUAAUCAUUCUGUUCAUACAAUACAGUAAAAAUUUACAUAUUUCAGACAGUUACAAAUGAUGUUUAAUUCAUUUGAAAACUGUGAUUAAUCUGAAAUUGUCAUUUGAAUUGUAAAUAUUUGAUAGCCCUAAUAAAGAUUCUACAUGUAUUUAACUGUGAGGAAAUAAGUAUCUGAUCCCAAAGCCAAACAUGGCUUAGUACUUCCUUUUGGCCAGCACAGAGGUCAAACGUUUCUUGUAGUCACCAGGGUUUCACACAUCUCAGCAGGGACUUUGGUCCAGUCUUUACUGAUAUUCUCCAAAUUCUCAGGGUUUGGAGGUUGUCACUUGGUUGUUUAGCUCACUCCAGGAUUUGUAUGUGCUUGUCUGCAUCUUUUGAACUUUACAACUGGCCAUUUGUUGCACCUUUACUGAGGUUUACAUUCUGUGUUCAUCCACUGAAAUAAUAAUACAUGUUGUAUUCAAUAGUACAUUAAAAAUGUGCACAAACUA